AUGAGUCGUAAGACACCUCAACAACGUGAAGCCAGCAAGAAGGCCAAAAUUGAGCCUCUCAAAAGCGACAAAUAUCGCCUUAUCAGUCGCCUAGGAGAUGGUGGAUUUUGUGAGGUGUUCAAAGCAAAAGAUCUCGUCAACAAUCGAUACGUUGCGAUUAAGCGCGUGGAUCGAAGUAAACCAACGUACCAGAAAUACUCUCCAAAAGAUGUUGAGAAAAAGGUGAAGAAGCUGAUGUAUAGAGAAGCUACUAUUAUGCGCUCAUUAGAUCAUCCGAACCUGAUAAAGUUGUAUGAGCUAGUCGAAGAUAAUGAACAAAUAUUUAUCGCAAUGCAACUGGCAGAAGGUGGCGAACUUUUUGACAGGAUCAUUAAACGUGGGAAGUUUACGGAAAAGGAUGCAGCCACAGUUGUGGCCCAGGUUAUUGCGGCAAUCAAAUACAUGCACGAUCGCGGUUUCGUUCACCGAGACAUUAAACCGGAAAAUAUUUUAUUCGAUAGCAUCAGUGACGACUCGAAGCUUCUCAUUACUGAUUUCGGACUAUCGCGUGAGUUGGAGCAAAAGAUGCUUACCAAUUGCGGCACUGUUGAUUAUUCAGCUCCAGAACUUCUCAAAAGCAAGCUUACGAAAGUAGGGUAUGGGCCAGAAGUUGACAACUGGAGCAUAGGUGUCGUAUCCUACAUUCUACUUUGUGGCUACCCACCAUUCUAUUCUACAAAUCAAGAUGAUAGUGAGAUAAAGAAGCAGAUCAUGUCCGGUACUUACCACUUUCAUCAUCCGCACUGGGAUAAUAUUUCAAAACAUGCAAAAUCAUUCGUUGCUGGCUUGUUAAAAGUUGAUCCGUCAGAGAGGAUGUCAUUAAAGAAUGCUUUGGAACACCCCUGGAUUAAAUUGGAGUGCCCAAAUACUUUGGACCUCUACCCACUCAUAGAGGAACGAAUGAGAGACACGAUUGCCAAGCAACGCUGGAGAUGUUUGGGUUUAGCUGCUGGAGCAGUUCACUUAAUGAGUGUUCAAAGUCCUUCCAUGAUUGUGCGCAGACCCUCAAUCAUGGAGACCCCAAUAAUGAGUGGCUGA